AGCAGUCACCAGUCACCAGUCACCAGUCACCAGUCACCAGUCACCAGUCACCAGUCAUCAGUCAUCAGUCACCAAUUUUCGUGAUUCGCGACUUAAAGUGUUAAUUGAAACCAAGACGCAUCAAGACGCGCUUCAUACAUUCAAUUACUGUCUGUAAUAAUAAUUUAAUUGGUUUAUAAGAAAACAAUCAAUAGUUUGGGGUUCACAAUAAUUCACAAUAACUCACAAUAACUCACAACAAUUCCCACUUCUUGGAUAGUUAAUUGGUUAAGUUUCUACUCUAGUACCUAUUCUCCCAAGGUUCUUCCAUUGGCACCCACGUAGCUUCGUUCGUUUUCUUUCUACCAUAUACGUUUUGAAUCAAGUGGUGGGGUUUGGAAAGACAUCCAUCCCGCGUUCGUCCAUUUUUAACGUCGUUCUUCUCAAUCUAAAAGUUAUGGCAAUGCAGAUGUCACAGAUGGACCCGCUGCCCCGCGACCUACCUUUUCGAAUCAUUUCGAAAACCAUAGGUCGCGGUGCUUAUGCAUCAAUCAAGAAAGCCAUCCCUCCAACUGAUUCCACUCCAGUAUUCGCAGUCAAAUUCAUACACAAAGCUUAUGCAGUCAAGCAUGGCCGGAUUUCGUCGAAGCAAAUUGCCAUGGAGGUUUCACUGCAUUCCCAUAUUGGACGACAUCCAAAUAUUAUAGAGUGGUUUGCGACGGGCGAGGAUGCUGUGUGGAAGUGGAUUGCUAUGGAGUAUGCAGAGGGGGGAGACUUAUUCGACAAAAUUGAAGCAGAUGUUGGAGUCAAAGAAGAUAUUGCACAUUUCUACUUUACACAACUGAUUGGGGGAGUAAAUUAUAUGCAUCAGAAAGGCGUGGGUCAUCGAGAUAUCAAGCCUGAGAAUAUAUUACUAUCGAGUAGUGGCGAUUUGAAGAUUGCGGAUUUUGGAUUGGCAACACUAUUUGAAUAUAAUGGAGCGAGAAAACUCAGUACCACUAUGUGUGGUAGCCCUCCAUACAUUGCACCGGAAGUCAUCUCUUGCUCUAGGAGUACUCAAACCAAGGUGAAGGGUGCAGGAUACGCUGCAAAUAUGGUGGAUAUUUGGUCAUGCGGGGUCGUCUUAUUUGUGCUCUUGGUGGGAAAUACACCUUGGGAUCAACCUACUUCUGAAAGCUGGGAAUUCGAUGAAUACGUAAAAUCCAAUGGACGCAGUUCAGAUGAAUUAUGGCGAAGAUUGCCGACUUCGGUUCUAUCAUUACUAAGAGGCAUGAUGAAUGUCGAUGUAUCCAAACGCUUUAACUUUGAACACAUCAAACGACAUCCAUGGUACACACGCAAGAAUCCACUUCUCACCACCGAUGGUAAGAUGAGCGAUCCAUUAGGUCUUGCUACUCAAAUGUUAGCAAAUCUUCGUAUCGACUUCAAGCAAAAGCCAAGUGCAUCACAGCUUAGUCAAGAUGCAAUGCAACUCGAUAGUCAUAACUUUGCAUUCACGCAACCAGAAGCUCCCGUCAUGGAUAUGCAAUUUGACUGGGAACGACCACCUCGUGUAUUACCCACAUCUCAACCCGCCGAGACUACAUGUAAUUUCCAACUUCCAUCACCAGUGGCAUCGAACCAUGGAGAUGCCACACUCGCAGAUGAACCUUCCAUGUCUCAAUUUUCAUCCAAUCCUACUGUCGCUCUUCGUCUCACACAACAUGCUCGUCAAUUUCAAGACAUUCUCCCGAAUUACUCGCUUACGCGAUUCUUUUCCCAUCUUCCCGUUCCUCAAUUGCUGACUCUUCUUUCUGAAUCUUUGCAUGCGAUGAACAUACCAGUGCCACCCUUGGCACAAUUGCAAAAUAGUCAAUUGCAUGCAGCGUGGAUCAAGGUACGAGCGGUAGAUAGUAGAAGAUGUGGGAUGAAUGGGGAAAUCGUUUUGGAUUCUUAUGAGACGGAAGAGAUUGAAUUGGUGGAGGUGAGAUUUGUGAAGGUUAAGGGAGAUCCAUUAGAGUGGAGACGAUUCUUUAAGAGAGUGGUGGUGGCAUGUAAGGAGGGAGUCUACAUACCGGAUAUUGAUGAUGUAUAGAGGUAUGAAGUCGAAGGUGGAGAGUCGAAGGUGGAGAGGGGGUUUGGAGUAUGGUUGAAUGAAUUAUGGCUGGAUGGGUUGGAUAGGAAAUGGAGGGACUCAAGAGCUAUCAUAUGAUAUCUGGAUUAUAGGAUUGCAGAAGCUGAUUAAGGUAGGGAUUUGGAUAACCUGAUAGUAGGUUAGGAAAGGAAAGGAACACAGACCACCCAUGAUAUCCCCUUCGAAGCGAAACGAAACGAAACGAUGAUGAUGACUUUACGUAGUUACUUAGAUAGAUUCUUCGUCCAUAUUCUAUUUCUAGAAAGCAAUUAAUGUUAAUUUGACUUUUCUUUUUUU